CAAUGAAUUUCUAUCCUAUAGAUUUUGAAGAACAAGUCUCAUAAUGUACUUAUUUUAUUUAUCUCUAGAGUUAAUUAAUGAACCUCUUAUUGAAUAAACUAAUGAAUCUUAAUACUAUGAAUAUGACCAAAGUGCUUAAUAGGAGCAUGAAUAACUCAAUACUUUUGAUGGAUACUUAUAAGAAGAGCCUGUUCUUUUGUUUAAUUAUGUGGAAGAAGCACCUAAAAAGAGGACUAAACAUGUUAACAAAAAAUCAAAAAAGAUUAGGAAAAUUGAUUCUGAAACUGAUGUUCCUUCAAGAAAAAAAGUGAAAUCUCUUAUAACUAAUAAUGAUGUCUUGAAAUUAUAGUAAUGUUAGAGAUUAAAAACAAUAAUCUCAUAAAUGGAGGCUCUCUUACAAAAAACAAGAACUUCAAUACUCAACUAAUAUAUAAAAAAUCACCCUAAUUGACC